AGUAAUCGAGGAAAUAAUCGACAGAUUAAUUGAUGAUGAAAAUAAUCAUUAGUUGCAGCCCUACUACAUACCAAGUAAAAUCACUCAAGACAGUUACUACACUCGGGUGUGUAUUGCAGUACUUUUCACUGUGGAACCAUACAUGAGUAUUUCAAUUUUUGUGAGACUUUACACUUUCUGUCCAGAGGCACUUCAUUUGUACCCCAUUGCAUUCAUCUAACAUCCAUAGCCAUUUAUUUGCAUUCUAAAAUUUUAUGCAUAAAAUUCACAAGAUUUUUACACUUGAUGUUUGUAGUAUCAACUAUUCUAGCCCUGCUUGAACACCUUAAUGCCUGCAUUAGACAUAAAAAAAAUGACUCUUUGAAAGGAGGAAAGGCAACAAAUAAGUAAUUAUACUUUUAACAUUUAAAAGUUAAGAAUUAUGUGCUAUUUUUCUGUUUAAAAGGCAGGUAUUGCUACAUUUACUUAAUUUCGAUUCUUUCUCCACUGCAUAGAACUGUACAAAUAACACCCAAGACAUUAAAUCCAGUUGUUUUGAUUUCUGCGGAGUGAUAAUAGCCAAUACUUGUCAGACCUUACUAACCUCUUCUCUGUUUCUCUACUCUAUUUUGCUGCCUUGAGGCAAAACACACUGCGAGGUCAUUUAGAAAUUCUAAUCAAGGAUUGAAUUUAACAUAAUACACCUUCCAAACCGCACUGUAAAAUAUUUACACAUACUUAGAAGAGACAAUAAAUAUUGCAAAAAAUGUAUUGGAUUGAAAAACAACACUUUGAUAGCAAAAAUGCAAAAUUGUCUUGUUAUAUAAGUGGACAUAAAGCAAUACUUUUCACGGAUCAUUUAAAAAUAUAUUGCAGGACUCAAAUGAAAACACGCAAUAAUGUUUUGUUUUUAUCAGUAAGCAUAAUUUUCUAAUGAGUUAUUCAUAACAACAAUUAAUCACAGGAUCAUCAGAGAGAGACCAUUUCAUAGUUUAGGACAAACAAUCCAAAUGUGUUCAGGUUCAUUUACUUUUACACUGUUAGUCAGCUGGAAAUCAAAUUCGGUAACUCGGUGAUUUCCUGGAAAAGUAAAUUCCAAGGGUGGGCGUUGUAGCUGAAACCUUCUGUCAAGGUAUAUGUCAUUUUUAAGGCGAUUGUUUUGCACAAGUGUAAAUAUCAGCAAAUAGUUUCACAGAUUAGUAUAAAAGCGUGGGUGUUCAUUAUCAACACCUAGAUUUGCAAAGUAAUGUUGGUCAACAGCACUCCACCCUGUCACAGAGAUAUGUUCAACUAUUGAGGAAAGCUGAGCUCUGACUGUAGCCAUAGCCACUGGCUGUGACAAUAGCACAAAUGGGCAUGUCCUUUGCUUUGGUUACAAACCAUUUCCGUUGCUGUAACUAUAGACCCUUUACACAGCAGACAUUUUGACUUGUCAAAGCAGGAAAAGCACAAGUAGGAUUAAUAAUAUUAAUGAUGUCUGAAUUGCAUUUAGGUGAGCCAUUUCUAGGACUCUGGCACUGUGCUCACUGGGACUGUACUCACUGACAUGGCUUACUGUUAAUUAAUUAAUGGAAUGGAGCCAUCGUUCAUGUUAUCAGUCAAACCUGUGCUUUUCCUGCUUUGUGAAACUAAAAUGUCUGCUGUGAAAAGGGUCCCUUGCCAUGGCAGUGGCUAUGGUGGCUGUGACUAUGGCUGUAACUAUUACAGAGGCUAAUGACUAUUGUUGUAGCUAUAUGGCUACUGCUAUGACUAUAACAUUAGCUGUGGUUGUGAUUGUAACUGGUUGGCUACUUUUACAGCACAUUAGGGUAGUAACAUUGGUGAGGACAGUGUUGUAAAGCUAGACACUCAUGCCAGGAUUUGAACCUGGUACUUCUGUGAGAUAUGACAGUUUGUUACCAAUACACCCCAGGAGUUCAGGAAUAGCGUCAGCACAACAGCGCUCAGCCGACUCAACCUAUGUCAAUUCACCACGCAUGUAGCAUCAGCUUAGUUAGUGGCAUCCCAAGUGUGAUCAGUGCUGCAAUUCUUUCCUAGCAGAACUGACGCUAUGUUUAAGUGUUGCUGUCAUCCGUCGCUCAUUAGUUAAACAACAGAUGUAAAUUGUGGAAUAAAGUCCUCUAUCACGGAGAAAAUUAAGUAAUUUCCUUGUUAUUUUGGUAUGGUACUGCCUUACCCAUUUUCUGUUAUUGUUGUAUCUCAUGGAGUCAAUUUUGAAAUCUAUAAUGAGUUACUAUAAUUUCUGAUUUGAUUUAUUGACUCAGGACCAUGAUUAGCCUACAUGGCAUGGAGUACAAACAAAAUAUACAACCAUAACAGAACAAUGGUACCCAGUUGCAAUGAAAUAAAAGGAAAAUUACUUCAACAGAGGCAGAACGUUCUUCAGGAAAGCAUCUAACCUACAAACACCUUGAAGCCUAUCUGACUGUAAUAAUAAAAAUAAUUUAAGGAUACAUAGGCGAUUUAAAUAGUACUUUGGCAAGUACUUUUCUGUAUAAUUCAUUCAUACAAACAAAAUAUGAAACUCAUCUCCCAGAUGGUUGUAGUAACAAAGAUUGCAGAUCCUCUGGUUUCUAUCCACCCCUUUGGAUAAUUCUCACUUUCUAUUUAAAUAUAUAUUAAACUUAUUUCUACCCAACCAUGUUUCUAGCUGACAUUCAGUACGUUUAGCCUAAUCUUUUUUUACAAUUCAUGCAGCUCUGCCCUUUUUCAUUGUUGAUUAGGUUUUGUUUAGUUGUUAACUGAUGGCACAGUUUAAUCUUUUUUUUUUUUAUUGCACUGGUGUGGCUGUAUGUAUUCGAGAUAAUUCCUAAGUUACAUGCCAUCAGCAUAAUUAAGUAAUCAAAUGUAAUCGGACUCUAUUUUUUUUCAGUGAAAGGACCCACCUUGUCAAACACACUGGAAACAAACCACAAUCUGUACGAACAUGUUUAUUGUUCUGCAUCAAGAGCAAUCAGUUUGACUCAUAUCAUGUGAUCCACACCUAGAAAUUUUCAGAUAACCAAGCAAUAUAAGUUUUGGAUCUCUUGUGGAGCUCUCCAUGCCCUGACCAUCUGAGUGGUUUGCUGUGAAAUCAUCCUGGCUGCAAGAUUGCUCAUAUUUCUACAAGAAUGAAGGCUGGUAACAAGUGUCUGCUUUUCCACCAUAUUGUGCUUUCUGUCAUUGUUUUAUGCCAUGGCCAAAACCUUUUCUUCAAUGACAAUGGCAACCUCAUACUCCCGGGCUCCUACAAUAUUCCAUGGAUGGCGAGCAUUCAGAAUUUCCGCACCCUAUCUCUCAUCACUAUUCCUGGCACCCAUGACAGCCUGGCCCUGCACGGAGGCCCAUUAGCCAAAUGCCAGGCCUUUUCCCUGAAGAAUCAGUUGAGAGCUGGCAUUCGUUUCCUUGAUCUCAAAGUGUUUGAACUUGGUGACACCCUCUAUGUCAUGCACGGGGUGAUGUACCAGCGCACUACACUCAAGGAGGUCCUAGACACUGUCAGAGCCUUCCUGUCUGAGUAUAAUACUGAGGCUGUGCUCAUUAGAGUGCGAUCUGAGUCUUUUGAGAAGGACAUGGUCAAUCGAAUGGUCCAGAGUCUGAUUGGCAAUGAUCAACAUGUCUGGGUGAACUCUGGCAUGCCAACUAUGGGUCAGGUCAGGGGGAAAAUUGUCUUUUUGCAGAAAAGCACCUUCACAUUAGGAAUUCCCCUCAUAGAAACAAAUGGCAAAGGUAGCAGCAAGGUUACUGAUGUUGAAAAUAAAGACAAGACAAUAAUCAAACAGCUGAGCCAAGCCAUUGAAGCUUGUGGAGGUGAUAACGCUGUCAUGACUUACACUAGCGGCACUGGCUUUGGUACCUUCUGGGGAAUGUUUCUGACUCCAAGAAGAGUGGCUGAAAAGGUGAACCCAUGGCUCAAUCAAUACCUGAGGCAGUUUUACCCCAAUCAGCCCAGACCAUGCUUUGGUGUCAUUGCCAUGGACUUCCCUGGCUUUGAUCUCAUUCAAACUGUUAUCAAUUUGAACUCAUGGUAGAGGUUUGGUAGCCAUACACAGUGUGUCUUAAAUCUGAUGCAUUACUAUAAAAUCAUUCAUUUAUCUUUCCCAUCACAAUGUACUGUACACACUCUAAUAAAGCAGAAAUGAAAAAACUGAACCUCUCUUUGUCAAUCUUGUGCAAUCUUGGAAGAAAAGUUGCGUAACAUUUUCUGAUCCUAACUAUUAUUUAUUUUACUGCAUCCUCAUUAAUCUGAAGCCUGUAUUGCUAAUUGUUGUUGCAUCUAAGUGAUUGUAUGCAACAUGAUGCUGCUACAUUAUAAUACAGAGUUGGAAGAAGUAUUCAAAUAUUUUACUUAUGUAAAAGUAGCAA